UAGGUGUGUGUGUCGUAGGUACGUAGUCUCGGCUUUCGGUCUCUAAAACAGCUAUUUUACCACAAAUAAAUCCUCUGUAGACGCAAACUAGUUUAUGGGGUAAAUUCUAUGGGUUGUUUGAAUUUUUUCCAAUCAUUAUUGUUAACAUAUAAACCAACUUAAAAGGAGAAAUGACACGACUCUCACCGAUCCAAGUUGUUGCGGCAAUAGGCCUAUGUGUCGUCGCUGCAGUGAACGCCCAACAAGGAGUCGAUAUCUUAUUUCCAUUUGGAUCGGGAGACAUAUCAUUGUCACGUAGUGAUGACGUUUAUUCAGACGUGAUAACUCCGCCGAUAUCCGUUCCUUUCUUUGGUCAGAGUUUCUCUUCUUUGUUUGUGUCCACCAAUGGCUUAAUUUCAUUUGGAGAAGGCACGACUGUGUUCAGUCCUCAGCCCUUUCCAUGGGCUAUUCCAAUUCUUGCAGUCUUUUGGAGCGAUAUGGACAUAUCAGAAACAACGACUGGGAAAGUGACGUACCUUCCAUAUGUUCGGACCUCUGACAAUGAGGUUAUAUUUGAGCGUGGAGAGGCGGUUGUCAGACAAGGAAGUGACCAGUUUGGUUUCAGAGCAUCGUGGAUGUUAAUAGCAACUUGGUACGAAGUUCCAGCCUACAGCACCAACGACAUAACCAUAACUAAUACAUUACAAGCUGUUUUACUGACGGAUGGUGCACAGUCUUUUGUGAUUUAUAAUUACAAAGAGAUAAGAUGGGCAGCGGCAGGACGCCAGCCGUAUGCACAGGUUGGAUACAAUGCUGGCAAUGGUGACACCUACCACAGUGUAGCUGGAUCACUGACAGAUGACAUUGUGAACAUCGACGAGCGUACCAAUAUCGGCACAAGAGGCCGCUGGCUCUUCAGCUUAAUCCACAGCUUGAUCCUUGGUUGCCCUGACGACGUCAUACUUCCUACAAGAUCGACCAAUCCGGUUCUUUAUUCAUGGAUCCCUCCAGUCUUCCUAAAUAAUAGAGGGCCUGUUGAUGUGGAGUUUGAUUGCUCAGCAACCAUUGACAGUGAUUGUCAACAACAAGAUGGAUUCGGAACUUUCUCAGUUGGAGAUACGGAGGUGAUGUACAUUGGAACAGACACGUCUGGAAAUCAGUAUUCCUGUAACUUCACUGUCACAGUCACAGAGGUUGAUCUAGUCUGCCCGUUGAAUGUGACGAUCUCAACUGAUCGUGGCUCGAGUACAGCCAGAGUCAACUGGCAAGAACCAGAUCUAACCGGAUGGGACGAGACAAACUUUACAAAGACCGCCGUUUCUAGAGAGGCGUUUCCAAUUGGUUCACAGAGAGUGACAUAUCAGCAGUGGUUUGGAAUCAACAAUCUGGUUCUGACAUGCUCUUUUGAAGUUGACGUUGUUGAUAAUGAAAAGCCAGUGAUCGACUGUCCUGCUGAUCAAACCAUUAAUACGACAACGGGCCUAGAUACAGGCGAGGCAUUCUGGCCAUCACCAUCUGCAGUUGACAACUCUAAUCUUACUGUUGUACCCACACCCAAUGUGACAAUUGGUACUCCCUUGGACAUUGGUGUACACUUCGUAGAGUAUUCAGCCACUGAUGGCAGUAAUAACACUCAGAUUUGUGUUUUCAUGGUUACAGUGCAAGAUAAUGAAAAGCCAGUGAUCGACUGUCCUGCUGAUCAAACCAUUAAUACGACAACGGGCCUAGAUACAGGCGAGGCAUUCUGGCCAUUACCAUCUGCAGUUGACAACUCUAAUCUUCCUGUUGUACCCACACCCAAUGUGACAAUUGGUACUCUCUUGGAUAUUGGUGUACACUUCGUAGAGUAUUCAGCCACUGAUGACAGUGAUAACACUCAAAUUUGUGUUUUCAUGGUUACUGUGCAAGAUAAUGAAAAGCCAGUGAUCGACUGUCCUGCUGAUCAAACCAUUAAUACGACAACGGGCCUAGAUACAGGCGAGGCAUUCUGGCCAUCACCAUCUGCAGUUGACAACUCUAAUCUUACUGUUGUACCCACACCCAAUGUGACAAUUGGUACUCCCUUGGACAUUGGUGUACACUUCGUAGAGUAUUCAGCCACUGAUGGCAGUAAUAACACUCAGAUUUGUGUUUUCAUGGUUACAGUGCAAGAUAAUGAAAAGCCAGUGAUCGACUGUCCUGCUGAUCAAACCAUUAAUACGACAACGGGCCUAGAUACAGGCGAGGCAUUCUGGCCAUUACCAUCUGCAGUUGACAACUCUAAUCUUCCUGUUGUACCCACACCCAAUGUGACAAUUGGUACUCUCUUGGAUAUUGGUGUACACUUCGUAGAGUAUUCAGCCACUGAUGACAGUGAUAACACUCAAAUUUGUGUUUUCAUGGUUACAGUGCAAGAUAAUGAAAAGCCAGUGAUCGACUGUCCUGCUGAUCAAACCAUUAAUACGACAACGGGCCUAGAUACAGGCGAGGCAUUCUGGCCAUCACCAUCUGCAGUUGACAACUCUAAUCUUCCUGUUGUACCCACACCCAAUGUGACAAUUGGUACUCUCUUGGAUAUUGGUGUACACUUCGUAGAGUAUUCAGCCACUGAUGGCAGUAAUAACACUCAGAUUUGUGUUUUCAUGGUUACAGUGCAAGAUCAAGAGCGCCCAAUGAUCACAUGCCCUGCAAACACCUCCAUUGGAACAGAUGCCCCAUUAGGAACCGCUUCUUUCACUGUACUUGCACCUUUAAGCGUUUCUGACAACUCUGGAGCUUUUUAUGAAGAAAUUGCCUUUGAUGGUACAGUGUACGGCAUCGGUGCGGUGCUGUCCCUACCUCCACAGGAAUUCCCCUACUUGUUUGUGUACUCCGUGAGAGACGCAGUACCUCUGUCCAACGGUUGCAUAUUUCAGCUCACAGUUGUUGAUGAUGAUCCACCCACGCUUACUGGUUGUCCUGAUGCCUUUGCUGUUUGGGUGGGGUCUGCAACCGAAACUGCCCUAAUAAGAUGGACUCCGCCAGUUGCAACAGACAACGUGGGGCUAGCUGGUCCUGCAACCCCUAACAUCCCGCUAAAUAGCCGGUUAAGUCCACCAGGUGCCACUGUUGUCUACACAGCGGUUGACACUGCUGGUCAAAUGGAUACCUGUGAAUUUAUGGUUACAGUUAGUGUUGCUACGACAGGUCUUUUGAGGUACCGAGCUACAGUUAUUAUGAGUUCAAUACGUGGAACAUCGAACUCUACAGAUGCAAUGCUAAUGCAGAACCUUGCUGAUGACCUUGAGGACCUGUUCCGUACCCCGGGUGAUCCUUUUGCGCCCGUACUGGUAACGCUUACUCCAAGGACACAACGACCUUUGGGUAGUAACACCAUUGUGGUGGAGCUGGAACUAACAUUGAUGAUAUCUGGCCUGUCAUCUACUACAGAGAUUGAGCAGGCUUUUGAUGACCACACUCCGUUGAACCAAUUUCCUACUGGCAAUGUUGUUAUUGAAAACACGUUCACUAUAGGUCCUGGUGGCUGCGUUAACAGCGAUGUGUGUAUGAAUGGAGGAACAUGUCGUCCUGGUAGAGCUGGAUCCCAUGUAUGCGAAUGCACAACGGGCUUUACUGGCAUUGACUGCAGUACAGAUAUUGAUGAGUGUGCCAACAGCGAGGCAUGUAUAGAUCAAGGGCUCUCGUGUUACAAUUCUCCUGGCACCUUCAGUUGCGACUGUCCUUUCGGCCAAUGGAGGCCUGGAAAUUCAGGGCGCUGUUCUGAUGGAAAAGUCUUCAGGAACACUAUACUUAUUCUUAGAUUGGAUACUCUGAAAGCUCAGUUUGGGAAUGAUCUUUUGGAUCCAACAUCCAAUAGAUAUGUUCAGCUCCGGAUUCGGAUCGAGAUGGCCGUGUACAAUAUGUUGAUUGUACUCCCAGGAUAUGAUUUUGUUCAGGUCAGAGUCAUCAGCUUCUCAUCUGGCAGUAUCGUCCCAAGCCUGAUUGUAACUGUGGAUCCAAGUUCACCGAGAACCCAACAAGACCUUCAGAAUGAUCUGACUGUAGCCAUUGCGAACAUGGACAACAGUUUGGGUGACGGCAUUAGUGUUGAACCGCAUAGUGCCAACGUUGUUGAAGAGGUAUGCAUGACAGACUUCUGUUGGAACGGAGGAGCAUGUUCAGCCCACCCUACUACAUUUGCAAGCACUUGCAGUUGUCCAAGUGGCUUCAUCGGUCUCCAGUGUCAGACGCCUACAGGAGAUGGUGGCGAUCCCGUAACUGUCGCUCCCCCACCAGGUGGUUUGGCCACUGAGGUUAUUAUCGGCAUCGCUGUCGGAGGUUCACUCCUACUCGCUAUUAUUGUCUUGGGUAUCCUUGGAGUCUGUUUCAUCAUGAGUAGGGCAUCCUCCUCAAGAACGGGACCCUUGUAUGACCCGUAUAAAUACCAGUAUAAUGACAACCACAGGAAGCAGCAAUUACAGCAAAAUGGGGAGCACAAUUACACAAGAGAUGAGAUGGAGUACAGGAUGAAUUUUGGACAGUUUUUUAUUCCAUAUUUUGCGUCAGGAAAUGAUGUCGCGAUGAAUCGAUUGGAAGGAAAUCCUCGGCGACGAGGAGACUCAGAUUACUUCUGAAACCCACCCCCUCCCACCUAAUGACUGACACCAUUGCUCUUUUUUCCAUGUUUCCGUUUCAGUCACAAUAUCAAACUAUAAGUCUCUUGCAUAUGGCGUCACAAAUUGGGGAGGUUGUUUUUACUCAAGGAUGUGGCGUAUGUACUGGUCUAUAUGAGUUGCUCAUAAGAAGCACACUGAUAGUUCUGGGGGUGGAUUUCACAAAGGUAGUCCUAACUUAGGACUAGUCCUAGGCAAUGCUAAGAGAUAGGACUGGUCC